AUACUUAUUUACUUCUUCAUUUUGUCCUAAUGCAAGUUUAACGUUUGCUAUAGCUCUCGACCACUUUUGUCUGACGACAGAGUGAAAUUGGUGCAUUUUUGUGCAUCCUGAAAUCUGCAAAUUGAGAGAGAUUAUUUGAUUCAGAAUUUACAUUGUGGUUUGCUGGUAUGUUUAUUUAAUUCUUCUGAUCUAUUGGUUUUAAAUAGUAGGCUAUUUUGUAUUUGAUAACGUGUUCAAAUAUGGUGUAAACUAUAGCCUAUACGCCAUAUAGAAAACGCAAUAUUUACUAUAAUCAUGUCUGAAAUUAAAGGCCUAUAUUUGAAUAAGAAUCAAAAUCACAGUGUUGGAAAGGAAAAUAUGUUUUUCGUAACCUACCAUCUUUCUUGGCUUGGAUUUUUUUGACUUCCUAAACCAAUAGAUGGGAGCCAUUCACUUUAAAUACAUGGGCGAGAUUUGCGUCUUAUGGACGUUUUGGCUUGCAGAUCUGAGGGAGACGCUUGCAAGUGUAGCUCUCCAGCCUCCACGAUGCUCUUCCACGGGCUGCUCGGAGGCGAGAUGCAGGGGGUUAUCUACGAGAUGGGCCGGAGGGCGAAGGGCGAUUCUACCGCCAUAAGUUCGGCUAUAGACAUGGGAGAAACGGAGACGGGUAUGAGGUCCAUCAACAGCGACCGUGUGGCCUUAUGCGCGGGCUGCGGGGGGAAGAUAUCUGACCGCUACUACUUGCUUGCGGUUGACAAACAGUGGCACAUGCGCUGUCUCAAGUGCUGCGAGUGCAAACUCAACCUCGAGUCCGAGCUAACCUGUUUCAGUAAAGACGGUAGCAUCUAUUGCAAAGAAGAUUACUACAGCAGGAGGUUUUCCGUCCAGAGGUGCGCCCGUUGCCAUCUCGGGAUCUCGGCGUCGGAGAUGGUCAUGCGGGCGAGGGACUUGGUCUAUCACUUGAACUGUUUCACCUGUACAAGCUGCAGCAAAAUGCUCACGACCGGAGACCACUUCGGAAUGCGUCACAGUCUUGUGUACUGCCGGCUCCACUUUGAGACACUCAUACAAGGGGAAUAUCAAGCGCAUUUCAAUCACGCGGGGGAUGUAGACUCGGGCAAAGGACUUUGCGCGGGCAGCGCGGGAAACUCGCUGGGGCUGCCCUACUACAACGGCGUCCGGACGGUGCAGAAAAGAAGGCCGAGGAAAAGGAAAAGUCCCGGGCCUAGAGCAGAUAUGGUGGCUUACAACGCAGCAUUAAGUUGCAAUGAGGAUGGGGACCACCUGGACCGUGACUCCCACUAUUCCUCCAGCGCCAAGUCCAAGCGCAUGCGCACUUCCUUCAAACACCACCAACUGAGGACCAUGAAGUCCUACUUUGCCAUCAACCAUAAUCCAGACGCCAAAGACCUGAAACAGCUGGCCCAGAAGACGGGUCUCUCCAAACGCGUGCUACAGGUUUGGUUCCAAAACGCCCGGGCCAAGUUUCGACGGAACAUUCUACAUCAGGAGAGCACAGGGCUGGACAAGCUGUUGGAUGGGUCCACUCUAUCAGGGGGGUCGCCUUCAGGCCCCCCCUCCGAGCUCUCCAACUCCUCAAUGAGCCCUUCCAGUACCCAUACCACCCUCACGGCUAACCCUGUACUGACCGCCGUACCGGGGGGCAUGGACCCCCAUGACUCCAUGAGUAUGAGCCCUUCCCAGACCACCCUUACCAGCCUUUUCUGAUGUCACCCACCCCACCCGAUCUGCCCCUAAACCCAUCCACCAGCUCACUCAAGAGGGAGUCACUUAUAUAAAUGAUAUUCCCCCUGGACCCUGGACCUUAGGCUUCUACCCUGUCACUCCAAGGUAAAAGCAUUGAGGAGUGUAAAAUGCAGAUGCAAAGUACUGUAGCAAGGUUAUCCGGAAGACUCUAGCGUGCCUUAUACAUUUUAAUCACACUGAGGAAUCCCUGAUCUGAUAAAUGUCUAAUCUAGGUGGCAUAUUUCUUAAAAGAUUUUGUUAUAGGACGGUUGCCCCACUGACAACUGCAUUUGCUUACAACAUGGCCAUCAAAGCUGAUCUACUUUACAAUUCAGUCUGUACAGAGUAAGGGGCGGAUGUCAACAAGAAAAUGUAUAUUGAUAGAGAUAGCAUAGAUGAGAAUUAGAAUUAAACUGAUACAGUUAAUAUAAAGAUAUCAUGGUAAAUAUCCUUUAGACUCAGACUUUGCUUUAAUAUUUUGUAACAAUAAACUGUCAUACACAGAAAUGAGAUAUAAUAUAUAUUAUAUCUGACUCGUUGCUGAUGGAAUUACAUUGAUUCUAUUUGCAGUCACCAUUUAAUAGCUCAGUAACACAUACAUUUUAAGCAAAAAUAGCUACAACAUAUCUAGUGCUUUUUGAGCAUCACACUGUUUGGAUUAUGAAUUGAUAGAAGUAACAUAUGGAUGUAGAUUGUGGAAUAAUGUCUGGCUAUUUGAAUAUUGUCACAUUCAUCACUACAUUUGUAGUUUGUUUCAGCAUUUGUGUGCCAGAUGUACUUCUACUCGGCAGUCUCACACACACACGCACGCACGCACGCACGCACGCACGCACGCACGCACGCACGCACGCACGCACACACACACACACACACACACACACACACACACACACACACACACACACACACACACACACACACACACACACACACACCUCAGUCUAAAUGUCUUUCUAUGUUCUUGCUUCUGAAACCCAUCACUCUGAUUUUGGGUAGAUACCAAGGUUAUGGCUCUGUUUGCGUGGUAUCACAUUUUGAAAUUCUAAAAGUCCAUACAACGUAGAAAUUUAACACAAAAUAAAUGUAUUUAAAACUUAGAUGCUGUAUGGGAGCAUCCAACAAUGGUACCAGCAAUCAAAAAUAAAUCCAAGAGACCACUUCUAAAUACUUAUUUGGAAUUGUCCCUACAAAACUGUUCCUUGUGGGGACCUGCCUGAAUAUUUGUGUUGGUACAGAGAAACUAAUCAGGGAUUUGUGUUGUUGGCAAAUAAACCAACUUUAACUGGGUCCUGCUCAUUAGGACCGUACAGUAGCAACAUGUUUUGUAAUGGAAAACGUAAACGAGUGUUUCUUAUUGGACAAAUUCAGAUAGUACCUCCUUGUUUCAAACUGUUUUCUUCCACUUGGUGCCUACUGAACAUUACCCUGGAAGCUGGUAGGACUAUGAGAGUUUCUGACAUGGAGAAUCAAGCUGCCUUCCUUUUGACUGUGACUACCUUCACUCAUGGAUGAGGAGGGUGCUCUUACUUUAUCUUUACCCUUGUCUACAUGGAGAACUGCUGUUUGGGAUUUGUCAUCCCUUUAACCACAGUCUUUGGUUUGUUUGUCCUCCCAUUCUUGUGUAGUUGCCCCCUUUUGAUGUACUUAAGCAUUCAUUCAUUUCAAAACGUAAAAUGGUGAGCAAAACAUGA